AUGUCAGCUGUCAAUAACACCGACUUCAACUCUGUAGUGUUCCUUCUCACUGGGCUACCUGGGAUGGAAGACAUCAAUCUCUGGAUCUCUAUCACCUUCUGCUUCAUGUAUCUCAUUUCCAUAGUAGGAAAUUCAGUCAUUCUGUUCAUUAUAAAAACAGAUCCAAGCCUCCAUGAGCCCAUGUACAUUUUCCUUUCCAUGUUGGCCGUCACAGACCUUGGCUUAUCGAUAGCCACCAUGCCAACAAUACUGAGCAUAUACUUGUUUAACUCUAGGGAAAUCAGCCUCAAUGCCUGUUUUGCCCAGACUUUUUUCAUCCACUCGCUUUCCAAAAUUGAAUCCUCCAUCCUCUUGUUGAUGGCCUUUGACCGCUUCAUCGCAAUCUGUAACCCACUGAGAUAUACCUCCAUCUUAACUCCACCGAGGAUAGCCAAGAUGGGACUUGUGGCUGUGCUAAGGCCAGUGGCCAUGAUACUCCCACUCCCCAUACUCCUGAAACAGUUCAGAUACUGUCGAGACAAUAUCCUCUCUCAUUCCUACUGCAUGGACCAGGACGUCAUGAAGGCAGCUUGUUCAGACAUCUCAGUGAACAACAUCUAUGGGUUGUUUCUUACAUUCUUCAUGGUGGGGUUAGACUCACUGCUCGUAUUUCUCUCUUAUGUGAUGAUCGUCAAAACAAUGCUGAGCGUUGCAUCCCACACAGAGUGCCUGAGGGCCCUGAACACCCGCGUCUCCCACCUCUGCGCUGUCGUGCUCUUCUACACAUCAGACAUUGGCCUGGCUUUGAUACACAGAUUCGGAAAUAGCUCUACUCACUUGCUUCAGAUUAUCCUGGGCUACGUCUACCUGCUGGUCCCACCCCUGAUGAACCCAAUCGUGUACAGUGUGAAAAGUAAACACCUUCGUGAGAGGAUAAUCAGGGCGUUUGUCAAGUGA